UUGCCCGGAAGGUCGAUAAGUUUUAGAUUUUCCUCCGGAGUAUAUUCAGUCACGGCGCGGGUGUUGGGAAAAGUGCGCGAAAACUAAAUUCAAAGUCUGUCAAAUAAACAUAUCUCGUGUCAAAAUUGUGUAUAUUUAGACUACUAAACUGUGCUGAGUGAAAACAUGUACCGUGUUCUAACGUGCUUCUUCCUCGCUGCCGUAUGUGCUGAACCACCCAACAUUGUUAUCAUCGUUGCUGACGACUUGGGGUGGAACGACGUGAGUUUUCACGGCUCCAGUCAGAUUCUGACUCCAAACAUUGAUGCUCUCGCUUACGAUGAUUUGAUCCUCAAUCGUCACUACGCUCAGCCAUCCUGUUCUCCUUCUAGAGCUGCCCUACUCUCCGGUAGAUACCCGGCGUACACAGGAGUACAGAUGCCUUUUAAAGCCGGGACAGCUUCAGCUUUACCGCUUCAUUUUACACUUUUACCCGAGUACUUAUCCAGACUGGGGUACCGAUCACAUCUGGUUGGCAAAUGGCAUCUGGGGUGCCACAAGACUGAGUAUCUUCCCUGUAGUCGCGGGUUCCACUCUCACUUCGGCUUUUGGAACGGCUACCUCGGCUACUUUGACGGCAUCCAUCUAGACGGCAUUGGUGGAAUUGACUCUCGUCGGAACAAUGCUGGCGCUUGGGAAGAAUUUGUCGGUCGCUAUGCAACCGAUCUUUUUGCAGAGGAGGCAACAUCUAUCAUCAAGUCCCAUGACGUCACAGUUGGUCCUUUGUUCUUACAAGUCGCUCUUUCUGCGCCUCACACGGGCAACAAAGGUUCGGAGUUUGAAGUACGAAAUUUGGCGGAAAAUGAACGUCAACACUACUACAUUAAGGAUCUUCAUCGCAGACUAUAUGCAGGAAUGGUAAGAGGGAUGGACGAUGCAGUCGGAGCUAUAGUCGAGGCACUGGGAUUGCGUAACAUGCUCAACAACUCGAUCGUGCUGUUCACCUCUGACAAUGGAGCUCCAACUCUCGACCCUCGAUGGAACUACUCGAACUACGGCUCAAACUGGCCUCUUAGAGGGAUGAAGCUGUCUUGUCACGAGGGAGGAGUCCGCGUGGCGUCAGUCUUGUGGAGCCCCCUGGUGGCUGGAGGCAGAGUCUCUGAUCAGCUGAUACACAUGGUCGACUGGCUACCCACCUUGUACACAGCAGCUGGAGGAGCAGCUGAAGAUCUGGGGGAGAUGGAUGGUGUGAGUCAAUGGGAGACAUUGAGAGACGGAAAAUCAACGGCCAAACGUACAGAAAUACUGGUGGAACUGAACAACGUCAAUGGGAACGAGGCACUUAUACAGUGGCCUUGGAAAAUAGUCAAAUAUGCUUCAAGUAAUCCUACGUUCAACAUUCAUGCAGGGGAAAGUGGAAAAGGGGCCGAAGUUCCGCCGUACUCUGUUGAAGAGGUUCUCAAAAGUACAGCUGCCAAAGCUAUAUCUCUACACAAAUCUACCAAUGAGAUCCUAGCCUUGAGGUCUUCAGCAACAAUAGACGCAUUGUGUCCUCUAGUAUUGAACCACUCAACGCCAAACCCGUGUGACCAACACUACUGUCUGUUCAACCUGGAGACCGACCCUUGUGAAACCCUAGAUAUGUCUGUAGCUCACUCCGACGUAGCACGUGAUCUAGUCAAAGCUUUAGAGGGGUACAGAGAAGGUUUGGUGUUUACUCCUCGUCCAAAUAGUGACCCAAGAGCAGACCCUAGACUGUGGGGUAACUACUGGUCUACUUGGGCAGACAGCUCGGCCAGCCUACCUCAGACAUCGGUCAUGCUUUUGAUCACUAGUUACCUAAUCUUGAGAUAAAACAGUGAAGAUAAUUUUUACAAGAUCAUUCUCGUACAUUCAACAAGUGUAUGAAUAUUUAAAUACUUCCGACACUUUUAGGGUGGUUUUAUGCAUGGUGACACACGAUGGCUGGCAGUCGCCAGGCUUCUUGGUUCAAUUGAGUUA